AAAGCUUUCAGUGAUAGCCACACGAUGACGCUACGCUACUGGGGAAAAAGGCUGAAUGAUACUGAUACAUCAUCCGCUCAAUGAUGACAACUUUAUGCAAGCGCACAUGUUUUGCUUACGCGAUACGAAUUCCUUGCCAAGCGGGAGCAAUUGUCAAAAUAACUACUCUAGCUCGUUAAACGAUUAAAAAAAAAAGAUAUAUGCGUCGAUAGCGUUCAAAAUAGCGUUCAAAUUGUUGGGGUAAUUUUCGACGCAUCGAAACUCGUUUUUUUUGUCAAUAAUUUGUUGAGGAAAAGAAUGUGAUUACAGUAAUAGAAAGUAAUGUGCGGGGCCUCCUGGUUAGUCUGCAACAAUUCUGACAGGCAUAUGAGCGAUAAAGCAGCAGACUCGGCUCUCGUACAGUCCGAUGAGCAAAUGCAACGAUCGCGUGAGGGUUAGUCACGAAAAAAAAUUUCGCGUCACGUUAGUUUAGUGCUUUAGUUCGUUUAAGUUUGUUACUCAAAAGUUGUCUCCGAAUGAAAAUGGGCGCAUCAUUUCUUAUGUUCGUUUUACUACUACUAGCCUUUACAGGACACUCCAGUGCAUCGCUGCGAACGCUUGACUAUACAUUCAAUGAAGAUUGCAAUGAGCUCUGUAAAAAUACCAAAGUAAAACUUGCUCAUGUGAUGGCUACUGGAUCAAAUGAUACUAUUCAUUAUUUAUGGGAUUUUACAGAAAAUCCAAGUAUAUUAAUUGCUGUAACAUCACCUUCUGCAAAACUUAAAGUCAAUUGGAAAAAAUAUCUAGCAAGAUCUCCUUAUGCUUUGAAUUUUACCGAAAUACCAACUUACACUUUAGGAAUAGCUAUGGAAAGAUUGUUUGAAUUUAAUGAUGUCAAUGACAAUGCAAGAAUUGACUUGGUUAAUGAUAAUUGGGUUAGUGAAUUAAAUUUAAAUAAUUUUGAUUGGCAUCAUGAAAACAUGACAAAGUAUGAUAAUUUGGUUGAGUUUAAAACUGAAGCUAGUGGUUAUAAAGACAAUGAUAGGAAUGAAACUAGGAAAGGACAAAUUAAAUUUCUGAUGCAUGCUUUUAAUUCCUUAAAUCACUCAGAAAUCAAUCCUCAUAUGUUACAUUCUGAAAAUGCUACUCAAAUGGAUAUUGUAUUUGAUCAUCUAGAAACUAAAAAAGACUUCACUGCUAGUCGUUUUGCACUAGAAUUACUUAUUGUCAGUUCAACUAGUCCAUUCAAUGCAACAUUAAAUAAGGAUGAUACAAGAAAAUUGGAUGACGAAUUCACACCUGGAGUUUUCGAGGUUAUCGAGUUAAAGUUACCUGCUUCAUACAUUAAUUCAGGAUAUCUUCAGUGGUCACCAGUAUCUUACAUAUAUCCUGAACGAGAUGUUAUAAAUUCCACUUCAUCAAUUUCUUAUCCACUUAAAAAUGCUACUACUAAUGAUUACUUUAAUAUGCAUAAUUUAUUGUACAUGUAUUAUGGUGAUAAGUUGUGGGAUAAUCUAGCCCGAAGGAUGAAUAUUUCCUUUGGAGAAAAGAAUGAUGGAUUUUACAAAGCUACCAAUUAUGCUACCUGGACAUUUGUUACUGGUUUUGGAACUAUACCAGCAGAACGAUUUUCUAGUGUAACAAUAUUGAUCAUUGCCUUGGGUAUUGGUAUACCUGUGAUGUCAUUGUUAUUUGCAGGAAUUUACGCAUUAGUUCGUAGGAGAUCUAGAUUCAAUCAUGAACUUCCAAUUGAACCAUCUAUUUUAAGAUAAAAAAAUUUAAAUUGGAUGAUUGAACUGUUUCACUUUGAUGUUAAUUUUUCAUGGGAUUUCAAUUCAACAAAUGGGUCUAAGUUGAUUAUAGGCUCUUCACAAAUGCAUUUAUUUAUUUUUAUACUUUAAAAAUAAUCUAUUGAAUUCCAUGAAAAAUAAUCCUAAAUUGUUGCAUUGUUUGUAAUAAUAUAUGUACGUACCAAAAGUGCCUAAAAUAUCUUUUGGGUCGCAGAAUGUUAAUUUGAUAAAUGGUAAAGCAUU